AUGAAUAAUGCCUUGGAUCCUGCGAAGGCGCCACAAUUUCUUGACAUGAUGUUGCGCCGCAACAAGAUUGUGAUCAUCUCCGCCACGUACUGUGAGUACUGCACAAAGCUCAAGAUGCUACUCAUCGAGAUGAAGCACCGCUUCGUGUCGCUCGAGAUCAACAUCAUCCCCAACGGGCGGGAAGUGUUUGCGGAGGUCGUCGGGCGAACAGGCGUGCACACGGUGCCGCAGGUAUUUCUUAAUGGCAAAUACUUUGGCGGCUAUGACGAGCUCGUCGCGUUGUACCGCCGCGGGGAGCUUUCAGCGACGUUAGAGAGGCGGUGA